AUGACCGGCGCACGGGUUGAACGUACGACGGCAAUUCAAGGCUUCAAGGAAAUCAUCAUCAUGUCGAAGAAGCAGAAGUUGCUUAUGCGCACCAGGGACAACGUGGUCGAAUUUGUCAUGCGCAUCGAGCAGUACCUGAACAGCACCGUUCAGUUCGAUCAUCAGCAGGUCAUCAUACGCAUGGAGAAGCUCGAGCAGAAGUGGAAGGAAUUCGAGGAGGUAAUGGGCGACAUCGAAGGCUUAGAGGACAACGAAGACAACCUAAAAGAACUACAGCAAUUGCGAGUGGAAUUCGAGGAAAAAUAUUACACGGUAAGGGGAGGGUUGGCGAAUAAGUUAGCGAGACAGCAUGCAACACAAAACACACAACCCAAUCACAACACCUCGAAUGUACAAGCUGCGGUUCGACUUCCUCAAAUCAAUCUGCCGGAGUUCAACGGUGAUUUUGAAAAUUGGUUGCCAUUUCAUGACACGUUUGUGGCUUUGAUUGACUCUUCUGCCGAUUUGAGUAAUAUUCAAAAAUUUCACUACUUGCGUGCUUCUCUCAAAGGCGAUGCGUUGAAAUUGGUAGAUUCUUAUUCUAUGAGCGAUGCUAACUAUAGGGUUGCUUGGGAUGGUUUGGUGGCUCGUUUCUCAAACAACUACCUUCUCAAGAAACGACAUAUGAACGAGCUUUUUGAAUAUCCGAGGAUAAAAAAUGAAUCUGCUGUUGCGUUGCAUGAUCUCAUCGAUUGCUUUGAGCGGAACACAAAAAUUUUGGAUCAACUUGGAGAGAAGACCAACGGUUGGGGUGCGAUGUUAGUGCAUUUGAUGGUUUCGAAACUCGACGAAAUUACGCAAAAGCGGUUGGAGGAAAACGUCGCACCAGAAAAGGAGCCUACAUUUACAUCGCUGGUGCUUUCUCAAAAUUUCAAGCCUCGAAUGGCCAAGGUUUCGGUCAACUCGGCGACUGAAAAUUUCUCCUCGAACUGUUUUGCCUGCCAAGACAAACAUUGGAUCUCUCGGUGUCCAGCCUUUGCGAAACUUCCUGUUGAUAAAAGGCUGCAACUCACCAACUCCAAGCGGUUAUGUAGUAAUUGUCUGGGACGAAAUCAUUUGGCUCGAGAUUGCCCGUCAAAGUACCGAUGCAAAACUUGCUCGAAGAAGCAUCAUUCGUUGCUGCACCCUGGUUUCCCUGGUUCUGGUUCUGGUCCCUCUUCCAAUAUCUCUCCAGCAGCGAAUGUUGACGUACAGUUACCUGGUCCAUCUUCAUCUGGUGGUGGUUCAAACCCUUCUACUACUGUGUGUCCUUCGACGGCAACAAUAUCAUCGAAUUUGGCGGUAGGAAAUACUAGGUCGCACGUGUUCCUGCAGACGGUGUUGUUGAAGGUGAAAGAUGCAUUGGGAAGGACGCACAUCGCACGAGCUCUCCUAGAUUCUGGCUCGCAGGCUAAUCUGAUGUCAAGGAGACUAUUUCAGCUUCUCCGGCUUUCUCGACUGGAUAGGAAGGUGGUAAUAACGGGAAUCGGAGGAUCGCGCAGCCAAUCGGCAUUUGAAGUCUCCACCACAAUAUCUUCACGCGUCCAGAAGUAUUCGAUUGCAAUGGAAUUUCUGGUUUUGGAUAAAGUUACUGACGAUCAACCUUUACGGUCUAUUCCGUUGAUGCACUGGAAUCCUCCUUCCGAUAUAGCUCUAGCGGAUCCGGAAUUUUUUGUCUCGGCUCCGAUCGAUUUAGUGCUGGGUGCUCAAUACUUCUACGACUUUCUAGUACGUGAUGGUGGCCGGUUGCAGGUUCGAAAGUUUGGAAAUGCUCUUCCUGUGUUCGUGCAAACAAUAUUCGGAUGGGUUGCGACAGGUGAAUCCAAAUGCAUGGAUGAAAUAAGCAAUGUCAGUUGUCACGUAGCUAGAAUAGAACCGUUCGAGAAAACUAUCGAAAAGUUUUGGGCUUUGGAAGAACUUUCGAACAAAACACCAUAUUCGCAAGAGGAAGAAGACUGUGAGGCGCACUUUACUAGUACGCAUACACGAGACGGUACGGGAAGAUAUACGGUUCGUUACCCUAAACGCAUGGAUUUCUACGACAUGAUUGGAGAGUCUAAACAAGGUGCGAUACGACGGUUUUCCCAAAUCGAGAAACGCUUGGAGCAAGAUUCUGGUUUGCGCAAGCAGUAUUCAGACUUCAUGCAAGAAUAUUUGAGUUUGGGCCACAUGAAGUGUAUAGGCGAGGCUAGCGAUCCGCAAUUGGAUGAAGGAAAAACGGUCUGUUAUCUCCCGCACCACCCGGUGUUUAAGGACUCAAGUUCGACUACCAAGGUGCGCGUAGUCUUUGAUGGGUCUGCUAAAACGUCUACUAAUUACUCGCUGAAUGAUGCUCUGCUUGCUGGUCCAAAUAUACAAGACGAUCUCCUCGACUUGAUGCUCCGUUUCAGAAAACAUGCUGUCGCAUUAGUCGCUGAUGUCACUAAAAUGUACCGACAGAUCAGGGUUCAUGAAGACGACACACCUCUUCAGAGAAUUGUAUGGAGAUUUAGCACUGUAGAACCCCUUCAAGUGUACGAGCUCCAAACAAUCACCUAUGGUUUAACUCCAUCUUCAUUCCUUGCCACUCGAGUUUUGAAGCAACUGGCUUUGGACUCGAAGAACAAAUGGGAUCUUGCUACUUCAGCGGUGCAGGAAGAUUUCUACAUGGACGACUUUUUAUCCGGAGCUGAUUCUGUACCCGAAGCUAUCGAACUUCAAGAAGAAGUGCAAACACUGAUGUCGCAAGGAGGUCUCGAGUUGCGGAAAUGGUGCUCCAACAAGGUGGAAGUUCUGCGUAAGAUUCCCAAGGAACUGUUGGGAGGAGAGGCAACAUUGCACUUCGACGAUCUACAAAAAAUAAAAACGUUAGGAGUAGGUUGGGAGACCGGACCAGACCAGUUUUGCAUCGAGGUUCAACCACCCACACACGAGGGCUAUUUAACGAAACGCAAAAUUUUCUCGACGAUUGCGAAGCUGUACGACCCGCUUGGUUUGGUGUCACCAGUCGUGGCAUGGGCAAAAAUUCGUAUGCAGCAGCUUUGGAUUGCGAAUUCUGGAUGGGACGAUCAAGUACCGAAUGACGUUAUGGUGAAAUGGGAGGAAUUUUCUUCGCAAUUACAAUGCCUGGAAGAAUACAAGGUUCCGAGAUACCUUUUCUUGCUGGGAUCAUCAUCGAUUGAAUUCCACGUGUUCACGGAUGCAUCAGAAGCAGGAUAUGGUGCAU